AUGCUCGAUGCUGUGCUGAAGGGUCCUCGAUCCAGAGUGAUGCCGGACGACGAGAUGUCACGCAACGUUGAACACGGGAAGCGAAAUGGCAUGGUAACUCACCUGCAUUUAUUCAGCGUCCCCCGACGGAUCAAUUCGCAAUACUCCCUGAGAACCUCAGCGACUUCCAUCUGGAUUCUCAAUAUGAUCCAAACCGUUGUGGCGAUGCUCAACGUUCGACAUUGCGAUUCUCGGCAUACGAAGCUGCUGUAUACCGCCCCGGGUCUAUAG